AUGGCGACCAAAAAAGUUGACUUACCGCUUUAUCUGAACGCCUUACGAGACAUUUUGUUAAAAAUGGGUACCCAAACGAUAGUGACCGGCGUAGCCGGUCUGAUGGCUACGGCAACAGCAUUCUCCAUCCUUAUCGUUUUAUACCUUGUCAACGACAUCAAUAGUUUCUAUGAUGAGGCAGUUGAAGAGCUUUCGGAUUUCAAGGACAUGGCAAACUCAGCUUGGUAUGAGAUGCGACCUCCGUACUCAAGAGAUAAACGAAGCGUCUUUGGCAUCUCACGACAACGACGACAAUGGCCCGCUCAUUGCAACUGUGGACCUGCGCCAACAAGUUGUCCACAAGGACCACAAGGUCCGCCUGGACCUCCUGGCGAGGAUGGUGAACCGGGUCCACCAGGUUUGCCUGGAAAACGUGGUCCCGAUGGCAUUGGCAUCCCCACGGCAAAGGAAGCUACU